AUGUUACGUUUGCUUCAGGUUGAGCGUUUUCAGGUUGUGUUCUGCGGUGACCCGGAAGUACCGCAGAUGCGCAAAAUGAUGUCACGCGCAUGCGCAGAAGCGGCGAAUCGUGACCCACGCAGGUGCGUGUUGCGUUCUGCUCAUGAUGCGAAUGGGCCUCCAGAACGGAUUCCAUUCGCAUCCAGAGGUACCACUGUAUCUAUUUGGACAGACUGUUUAAAUCAAAUCCCCCCAUCCCAAGUUCCUAAGAGAAAUCCAUGGCAAACGCCAGUCCUUUCUUCUUGGUUGAGAUCUCUGAAAUCCAAUCCCCAAUCAAAACUGCAGCAGACUCACAGCACAAUCCUGCACAUGCUUACUCCAAGAGUAGUCCAACUGAUGGUGAAGCUCACACACAGGCGCAUGGAUUGCAGCCUAAAAUCAUUGCUGCCCCUCUGCAGUUCCGAAGGACUUACAAGGGAGAGGGGAGGGGGGAAUGCCAGGAUGCGACACCUUGAAGGUGACCUGAACACAGGAGGUCACUUGAAACCUCAGCUGUUAUAUGAGCUCUGA